AUGGGUCUCAAAGAUAAUUUGGAAAAGAUCGGUGUUACGCGAAAACAAAUCUAUCGUGGAUCAUCAGCAUCUUUAAAUAUAGCUAUAUCCAAUUCCCAAAUUGUUGAAGUUGAUGAGAAAACUGGUAAGGUUUUAUCACGUACCAAUUCUCAAGCAAGUGCUCAUACAUUUGAACCAGAAACACUAGAAAGAGGUUUGAAAUCAAGACAUGCUCAAUUGAUUGCUAUUGGUGGUGCUAUUGGUACUGGAUUAUUUGUGGGGUCAAGUACUGCUUUAGUUACUUGCGGACCAGCUUCUCUUUUCCUUUCUUAUGUUAUCAUGUCAUCAGUGGUUUACUUUGUCAUGCAAAUGUUGGCGGAAAUGACUAUUUUCUUGCCUAUUCCCGGUAAUGGUCCGUUGGCAUUCAUUAAUGAUUGUUUGUCUCCAUCUUUUGGAUUUGCUUUUGGUUGGAAUUAUUGGUAUGCUUUUAGUGUGUUGGUGGGUGCUGAAGUCACCGCUGCUGCUGUUGUUAUCGAAUAUUGGACAAAGUCGGUUAGUACAGCCGUGUGGAUCACCAUCUUGUUGGCUUUGAUUAUCUUUAUGAAUAUGACAUCGGUUAAAUUCUUUGGAGAAGCAGAGUUUUGGUUUGCUUCAAUAAAGAUUAUUGCUUUGGUGGGAUUGAUUAUCUUGAGUAUCGUGUUGUUUUUUGGUGGUGGUCCAAACCAUGAUAGAUUAGGGUUCAGGUACUGGAAACACUCACCGUUCAAAGAACAUCUUACUGGAGGUUCAACUGGUAGAUUUUUGGGAUUGUGGACUGCUAUAAUCAAAUCGGGUUUCUCAUACAUUACAUCACCAGAAUUAGUAUCCACCACAAUGGGGGAAACAGUUGCUCCAAGAUACAAUGGAGCUAAAGCAUCUCGUCGUUUCAUUUGGCGUUUGAUCUUUUUCUAUGCUUUGGGUACUUUGAGUAUCAGUGUAAUUGUUAGUUCCAAAGAUCAGCAAUUGUUUGGUGGUGCUUCUGAUGCUUCAGGUAGUGCAUUCACUGUUGCUAUAAAAAAUGCAGGUAUAAAAGGGUUGAACCAUGUUAUCAAUGCUGUCAUAUUGACAUCAGCUGCAUCAGCAGGUAACUCAUUCUUGUACUCUGCAUCAAGAGCAAUCUUUUCCAUGGCCCAAAGAGGCAAAGCUCCAAGAGUAUUCACCACCGUUAACAGGUUUGGUGUUCCUUACUAUGCUGUUGCCAUAUCAUCAGUUUUUGGAUUCUUGGCAUACUUGAAUGUUUCUUCCUCCUCAGCAAAUGUCUUCAACUGGCUCACAAACAUUUCUACCAUUUCUGGAUUCUUGGCUUGGUUGGCAUUAGGUUUUACUUAUCUUCGUUGGAGAAAAGCCAUUGCAUUCCAUGGUCUUAGUGGUAGAGUGCCAUACAAAUCAAAAUUGUUACCUUAUGGUGCUUACUAUGUUAUCUUCAUGAUGUCAAUAAUCACAAUCACCAAUGGAUAUGCCGUCUUUUUUGAUUUCAACGGAGCUGAUUUUGUUGCUGCGUAUGUUACGUUACCCAUUGUUGUAGGAUUAUACACGGCACAUCGUAUUUAUGAUUAUUGGAAAAAUGGUACCACUCGUUGGUUGGUGCCUAUUGAAGAAAUUGAUUUGGUCACCAAUUUGGAUUUGGUUGAAGAAGAAGAGCAAAAUUAUGAACCUCGUGUACCCAAGAAUUUUUUGCAAAGAUUUUGGUUCUGGUUAGCCUAA